AUGAAAGGUAAGCAAACUAGAGCCUCCUUUGCUGGUCUACAAGUUGUUGCUACUAAAAGAGUCUUAAAGUUGAUUCACAUGGAUCUUUUUGGACCCACUAAGGUGCUAGUACAGGAGGAAAGAGGAUCAAUGAAGAUACCGACAGAGAAAAAGAAGAAACCAAUGCUGAAGGAUGAGUUCAAGAUGAGCUCGGUGGGGGAGCUAAAGUUUUUCUUAGGUUUUCAAGUGAGCCAAAUUGAUGAAGAAAUUUUUAUAUCCCAAUCAAAGUACGUGAAAGUGAUACUCAAGCGAUUUAGGAUGGAGAAAUUGAAGCCUAGUGACACACCUAUGAGUCCAAGCACGAAGCUCACCAAUGGCGAAAAUGGAACUGACUACGAUCAAAAGAAGUAUAGAGCAUCCUCGCCACCCUACAACUUUAUGCAAAAUGCAACAGAAGCACCACCAACAUCAUACUAUGACUACAUCAUCGUCGGAGGUGGCACCGUUGGUUGCCCGUUGGCCGCUACUCUCUCUCAAACCUCCAAAGUCCUACUCUUAGAAAGAGGAGGCUCUCCUUACGACAACAACAACAUAAAACAUCUCUCGGGCUUCACAGACUCCCUAUGUGACACCUCCCUAACCUCCGUAGCCCAGCAAUUCAUUUCCAAAGAUGGCGUCAAGAAUAUCCGUCCUCGUGUGCUCGGUGGAGGCACGUGCCUCAAUGCCGGAUUCUACAGUCGAGCCAGUAGAGAUUACGUUAGAAAAGCUGGGUGGGACAUGAGAUUGGUGAAGGAGUCAUACGAAUGGAUUGAGGAGUUGCUGUCAGGAGCCGGAGUGCCGGAGUUGAAGCAGUGGCAGUCGGCUGUGAGGGAUGGGCUAGUGGAGGUGGGGGCGGUGCCAGAUAAUGGGUUUACAUAUGAGCAUCUGACAGGGACGAAGAUUGGAGGGACGAUUUUUGACCGAGAUGGGCACAGGCAUACCGCUGCAGAUUUACUAGCACAGGCGGAGCCAAAACAGACUACGAUUUUCUUGUGGGCUACGGUUUAUAAGAUCUUGUUCAAACGAGGCCAACAAAGACAAAUAGCCUAUGGUGUUCUAUUCAAGGACUCAACAGGAGAAACUCACGAAGCAUACCUAAAGAAUAGCCUAAACAAUGAGAUCAUUAUAUCGGCUGGAGCACUCGGCAGCCCUCAGCUACUAAUGCUUAGCGGUAUCGGCCCCUCCGAUCAUCUCCAAUCUCUAGGCAUUGAGAUGGUCAUGGAUCAACCCUUAGUAGGCAAAAACAUGGCCGAUAAUCCCAUGAACGCCAUUUAUGUUCCUUCUCCUUCACCUGUUGAGCUCUCUCUUGUUCAGCCUGUUGGCAUCACUGUCUUUAGUAGCUACAUCGAGUCCAUCAGUGGCUACAAAUAUGCCAUUUGUCCACCGAGCGGUUUGUCAAGAUCAGGUUUCAUUUUCGAAAAGGUCGCAGACCCUAUUUCUACAGGAUAUCUUAAGCUCAUAAAUACAGAUCCAGCUCACAAUCCAGAGGUUACCUUUAACUACUUUCAAGAACCACGAGACCUUCAUACUUGUGUUAAAGGUCUGAAGACUAUUGGUCGUGUGAUACAAUCUGAAUCCUUCUCCAAAUUUCGGUAUCCUAAUGCGACAUUUGAUUCAUUGCUCAACGAGACUUUGCAGUAUUUGGGUAUCAAGAAAUCAAAUAGACCUGGAAACUAUAAAAUAUCAGUUGAAAAUUUUUGCAAGGAUACUGUGAUGACGAUGUGGCAUUAUCAUGGAGGUUGCCAGGUUGGGCAGGUUGUGGAUCACGAUUACAGGGUUCUUGGUGUUGAUGCGCUUAGGGUUCUUGAUGCCUCCACGUUCAAUUCAUCUCCUGGAACAAAUCCACAGGCUACUCUUCUAAUGCUUGGAAGGUACAUGGCGGUUAAAAUUCAACAGGAGAGGCUUAAUAUGGAAGAUCAUGUUAGCAUGUAA